UCAUCAGCAGAUUCGAUCUACAAUAGCACACCGCGUUGGGUUUUAGCGGAUAUAUUCUCUCUUGUCGCGGUUCAGCACAUCGGUUUGGUGUAACAGAAGUUUAUUGAUUUGCAGAGGACUGAAUUAGAGUUAAACUGGGAUGGACAAUGCCCAUACAAAGACGGUUGAGGAGGUGCUGGGAUAUUUCAGUGUCAACGAGACAACCGGACUGAGCUCUGAGCAAUUAAGGAAGAGCAGAGAAAGUUGGGGCCCCAAUGAGUUACCUGCAGAAGAAGGUAAGUCACUAUGGGAACUUGUUCUGGAGCAGUUUGAGGAUCUGCUAGUUCGGAUUCUCCUCCUUGCCGCCUGUAUUUCCUUUACUCUGGCCUGGUUUGAGGAAGGUGAAGGAACAAUCACAGCCUUCGUAGAGCCAUUUGUCAUCCUCCUCAUUCUUAUUGCCAAUGCCAUUGUAGGAGUGUGGCAGGAGCGUAAUGCAGAAAAUGCCAUUGAAGCCCUAAAACAAUAUGAACCUGAAAUGGGGAAGGUGUACAGACAGGACAGGAAGAGUGUUCAGAGGGUCAGAGCCAGGGACAUUGUGCCUGGAGACAUUGUGGAGGUGGCUGUUGGUGAUAAAGUCCCAGCAGACAUCCGACUGACCUCCAUACGCUCUACUACUCUGAGAGUGGACCAGUCCAUCCUGACGGGGGAGUCUGUAUCCGUCCUGAAACACACAGACCCAGUGCCUGACCCCCGUGCCGUUAACCAGGAUAAGAAAAACAUGCUCUUUUCUGGGACAAACAUUGCAGCAGGACGAGCGAUAGGUGUUGUAGUGGCCACAGGUGUGCAUACAGAGAUCGGGAAGAUCAGAGAUGAGAUGGCAGCCACCGAUCCAGAGAGAACCCCUCUGCAGCAGAAACUAGACCAGUUUGGAGAGCAACUCUCAAAGGUGAUCACAGUGAUCUGUGUGGCCGUUUGGGGUAUUAACAUCGGUCACUUCAGUGACCCAGUGCACGGAGGCAGCUGGCUGCGUGGAGCGGUGUACUACUUUAAGAUCGCAGUGGCUCUGGCUGUAGCCGCCAUCCCUGAGGGUCUUCCUGCUGUUAUUACCACAUGCCUGGCACUUGGCACACGUCGCAUGGCCCGCAAAAAUGCUAUAGUCCGUUCCCUCCCAUCUGUAGAGACACUUGGCUGUACCCUCCGUUAUCUGCUCUGACAAAACAGGCACUCU